AUGAAGUCCGGAGGCCUCUUCGUCUUGGUGGCCCUCCUGGCCCUCGAGUCGCAGCUGACAGGGGCUCUGACCCCCGUCAAAGGAGGGGGACUGUCGAGACCCGGUGCCUGCCCAUUCCUGCCGCCAGGAACGAAAGGGCUGUGUGUACAAGCUUGCAACGGAGACGAUUCCUGCCCUCCGGGGAAAAAAUGCUGCGGCAACGGAUGUGGCCAAGUCUGCAUGGCAGCGGUGAAAGAGAGGACCGUGAGACCCGGGAGCUGCCCGAUUCCGAAGGAAGGAAGUGUUGGGAUUUGUGUGGAGGCCUGCCAAGGAGAUGAGUCCUGUCCUCAGGGACAGAAGUGCUGCAGCAAUGGAUGUGGCCAUAUCUGCAUGACACCGGUGAAAGCGCGUUCCUUAAACAUCUGUGAGCAACCCAUGGAUAAAGGUUUGUGUAUGGCCUACAUGCCCAUGUUUUACUACAACUCCAAGACGAAGAAAUGUGAAUCGUUCAUCUAUGGAGGCUGUCAGGGGAACGAGAACCGGUUUAAGACCAAAGAAGAGUGCAUGGCUCGCUGUGGAGGUAAACACCAAGUCUAGGAUCCCUUGAAAAACACUCUCCCCAGGAUGGACCGCUUGGCCCGAUCCCGGAGUUCCAAUCCCGGAAGCUGAGGAGCUGCGGUUUGGUGGUCCGGCUCUAAGUCGCUAUGGGGGCUUCAGGGAAUGAAGGCGUUAUAUGGGAAGCUUUUCUUUGCACAAUAAAUGGUUAGCUCUGUGUUCAGCAA